UGUCUGUUAUUUUGGGACGUUGUUGUUCACCUAAUUCCAACAUUCUAUUAUCAUAUUUUUUUAAUCCUCUGGUUUCUAUUCCUUUUACUAAAAUCAUCCGAUAUCGGUUACACUUUUUUCCCUAAAAAGUUAGGGUUAGGGUUUGCUUUGCUUUACCCAACCCCAACAUUCACCAUUUCUUGAAUCUGAACUUUCAAUGGCGCGAUCGGUGCCUCUACUGGCACCGUUAUGCCUCAUCUUCGCCGUAAUUGCUCUCUUCUUGCCUGCGGAAGCCCAGAAAAAUGAAAUGUUGAUUCAGCAAAUCACCACCAAAGAAAACGUCGACGUUUGCAAAGGAGUUUCAACUCAAGCUUCGUGUCCAAUCAAUUGCUUCCGCGCAGAUCCUGUUUGCGGCGUCGAUGGGCGGACUUAUUGGUGUGGAUGCGCCGAUGCGAUGUGCAGUGGAACCCCUGUUGCUAAAUUGGGAGCUUGUGAGGUCGGAAAUGGCGGCAGCGCUUCUCUUCCGAGGCAGGCGCUUCUUCUGGUUCAUAUUCUCUGGCUUAUCUUGCUCGGUUUUUCUUUGCUUUUUGGUUUUUUCUAAUUUCGGCAUUGUAUUGAGUUGCGAUUGACAGAGUUAGGGUUUUCUCGGAGUGAUUGAAUUUUUUUUAAGAGUAAUUGGGGUGUUGUAUAGUAUGAUUGAUUUUCUUGUAUUCUAUUGUUCUAAGAUCAAAUUCAUUGAAAUAUAAUAUGUUCAACGCGGCCAUUCAUUUGAUGAAA